AAUGCCAUCUCUGUCGGAGCAGCUGCAGGAGGUGCGGAGUCAAACUGAAGUGUGUCUGUACUCUAGCGGCAGGGUGGUGGAGGUGCGGGCUGGGGUCAUGGGUAUGGCAAAUCUGCCUUUACCACCCUGCUCCAAAUACCGCCACAUCGCUGCAGAGUCCAUGGUCAUUGAAAACAGCUUUGGCAGCAACAGAAAGGAGCUGCUUCAGUCUGCAAACAGAGAAAACACCCUUGCAUCUCUCCAGCGCUUGUCUACAGCCCUGAACAUCCUGGAAAAGUAUGGCUGCAACUUGACAAAUCCCAACAGGCCAAAAUACUGGAGGACUGUGAAACACAACAAUCCAGUGUUCAGAGCCACAGUUGAUGCUAUUCAGGGAGGACGUGCAGUGCUCUGUCUCUAUGGUUACUCCAAUCAGCAGGCAGAUGGACUCAGCUUCCCUGAUGAUGUCACUGAUCCUGAUGUGGGCCGAGUCGCUGCAGUAACACUUGAAGUGAUGAGCCUGAGGACGGAACUAGAAAUGCUUAUCAAGGAGGCUCACCCCCACCCUGAGUUCUACGAGAGAAUCAUUCCUACACUGAGACACAAGGAUGUGGGCCUUAAUACUGAUGCUGUUGUCUAUCACUCCUCUGCCACAUCAUGCCACUCUGAUAGUCAGACAAAGUCUUUAGCUUUCCCCGUCCACCACCACUCCCUCAGGGAGAGCAGCCGGGGCCCCUCCUUGUCUUCCAACCACCAAAGUCUCAGGUCUAUUCAAGUCUUUUCCACCUCCUCAAACAAACACCCAGAGUGUAUUGUUAACUCUGUUUCAGAGAACUGCACUAUCUGUGGAAUAUUCAGAAUCUCUGCCCACUGCCUCACCUGCCUCCAGGGUCUCUGCUCAGAAUGUGACAGACUAUACCACUCCUACCCUGAGAGAGCCCACCACCGUCGAACAGCUGUCACAUCAUCAUCCAAAAACAGAAGCAAUCACAGUUCUUCCACGUGGUGUUGCCUUCACUGUGCUAGAGUCAACUCUGUCCAGGAUGUGCUGUGUUUGGACUGUGAGCACCCUCGUUUGGAAUCCAUCAGCUCUAAAGCAGAGGAAUCUCAGUCUACCACAAUCACCAAGUGGCAGUGUAAGAGCUGUACAAUGGUGAAUGCAGCCAGCAGUAUUCUGUGUGAGGUGUGUGAAAGACCUCGUUUGGCCACACGACCUCCAAUGACCCCAUCACACCCACCUAUCAACCCCCCAAGACCGCCAGCACCAGUGUUGGGCAUGCCUGGUGACCCCGACAGCCAGUGGGUGUGUCAGUUCUGCACAUAUCUGAACUAUACUCCUGCUACAGUGUGUGACAUGUGUGACCUGGCUCGGCCAGAGCCUGCACCCCUGCCUGUGAAGCUCCGCCCUCCCUCUCCUGUCAGACGGGUCCCCGCCCUACCAAUCAAACACAAAGAGCCUGCCCCUGAAGACAUGGACUCCUGGAGACAGAGGCUGAUGAAGGAGGAGGGGCUCAAGUUGAUUCAACUGAUAAGAGAUGGGGAGAAGAAAGGAAUGAGUCCAGAAGAGGUAUACACAAGCAUGCGGGUGGCAGGAGACAGCAGCAUCUUGCCCUACAAGUGGUUAAAGUCAGAGCUUCCUCCGCUGUUAGACCAGAUCAGGAUGUUGGUAGCGGCAUCCCCUCAGUCUGACAAGACCACAACACAGCACACAAGCAGGUCAAGUGAAGCUCCUGCUGAGGAUGCUGGGAGAGAGGAGUACCCUGCAGAGACAGAAGUCGGGAUCCAGCUGUCCAGAGCAGAGGCUAAGCAAGCCUGGCUGACAGCAGGCGGAGACUCGGAGAGAGCAGCCAGACAAGCUCUGAGAGACAGACUUGCCAAGAUAAAGGAGCUGUGUGCCCUGGGCUUCAGAGACGAGGCUCGCUGCCAUGAGGUUUUGAAACAGAGUGGUGGUGAGGUAAGAGGGGCCCUGGCCCUGCUGCAGAGACCCCUGCUGGAGCCCUUCCACAACCGUAUUUGGAGUGAGAAAGCUGAACCUCCCGUAGACAUCCAUCAUCCUGACAAACAGCGGAUAUGUCGUAGGCUACUAGCUGUGUAUGAUCUUCCGAGCUGGGGUCGCUGUGAGCUGGCACUGUCGCUGCUUCUGGAGCAUAGUGCGCCCUACUCGCUGGAGGAUGUAGUGCAGGCUGUACGAGAGUCCCAUGAUAGGGAGUUUAUCAGAAGAGUGCUUGCUAAAGAGUGUCCCAUCUGCCUCUCUGUCUUCCCCCACAGCAAGAUGCAGUCUCUAACAUCAUGCCAGUGUUCAGUGUGCUGUGGUUGUUUCCAGCAGCACUUCACCAUCGCUGUAAGAGACAAACACAUCAGGGACAUGGUGUGUCCAGUGUGCUGGGAGCCAAACAUCAAUGAUCCUGAACACCUGAACAGCUAUUUCUCCACCCUUGACAUCCAGCUACGAGAGUGCCUGGAGCCAGAAGUCUAUGAGCUGUUCCAUAAGAAGCUGACAGAGCAGGCUCUUAUCAAGGACCCCAAGUUCCUCUGGUGCUGUCAUUGUUCAUAUGGGUUUAUCUAUGAUGGAGACCAGCUGAAGGUUACCUGUUUUCAGUGUCGCAACAGUUUCUGUGCUCAAUGUAAAAAACCUUGGGAGUCUCAGCAUGCAGGUCUGUCCUGUGAACAGUACCAGUCCUGGAAGAGAGAGAAUGAUCCAGAGUAUCAGAAGCAGGGCCUGGCCGGGUACCUCAGAGACAACGGCAUCACCUGUCCAAACUGCCGCUUUCAGUAUGCACUGUCUAAAGGAGGCUGUAUGCAUUUCUGCUGCUCUCAGUGUCGCUACCAGUUCUGCAGUGGCUGCAACAACCCUUUCCACACUACCUGUGCAGUAGACGAAUGCAGUGUGUCAGGACUACAUGCCCAUCAUCCCAGAGACUGCCUCUUCUACCUGAGAGACUGGGAACCUUCCAGAUUGCAGGCUUUACUCCAGAAGAAUGAAGUGGUGUUUAACACUGAACCCCCUCCUGGAACACAGACAGGUCUGUGUGGAGUGAUAGAGCAGAAGGAUGAGGGAGGGCAGCAGCCAGAUUCAGCUUGUGGAGCUCAGACCCAGCAUGGACAUGCUGGACUCUGCGAGAAGCAUUACCGGGAGUAUCUGGUCAGCCUGAUCAACAGCCACUCUAUCGACCCUGCCUCACUUUACAGCUCCAAUGAGCUGCUGCUGGCCUGCAAGCGGUACAAGGUGGACGACACCCGCGAGGAUGGGGAGGACAGCUUCACCUACUACAGCAGACUGCUCAAGAAACUGAUGGAUGAAGUACCGCUUGGCGACAAGGUGCCACGCAAAAAAUGAAUGCCUCAACAUGGUUUCUCAUUUCCUGUGGUUAUGUUGACUUUUUCACUUAAAAUUCAGCUACAAGAUACAUAACGACAACUGUUUUCUUGUUCCUGUAAUGGUGUAAAUACAGGAUAGUGGCAACUCUAGACAAAUGUCUCAUUCACUGGACAGUGUUUUUUUCUGUACCAUGUUAAUUAGCAUUUGAUAAAGAAAGCAGGACAU